GCAUUGCGUGGGACGUCCUUCUUUCGACGGCCAUAUUCGAUUUAGCGAAGAAAAUUGUUCUGUCGGCAUAAGGAAUCUUUUCGGUAAAAAUGGCAUCGAAAAGAAUUGCCCAGUCGGCUGUUAACUGGACCUCUCUGGCCGAGAGGGUUCCGGCGGGACAGAAGGCUAUGCUGACAGCAUUUAAGACCAAGUCCGACAACUACCUUCGAAGGGUGCUUGCUAACCCCGAGAGCCCUCCGAAGAUUGACUGGUCAUUCUACAAGAGCCGCGUCGCCGUCGCCGGAAUGGUGGACAACUUCCAGAAGCAGUACGAGGCGCUUAAGAUUCCCUACCCAGCUGAUAACUACACCAGCCAAGUCGAAGCCCAAGCCCAGAAAGGAAUGGCUGCUGUCCAAGAUUUUGUCAAGGCCUCGAACGGCCGCAUCGCAGCUGCCCAGGCCGAGGUGGCCAAAAUCAACGCAAUGCUGCCGUACAGCGAGAUGACCAUGGAAGAAUUCGCCGAUGCCCAUCCCGAGCUUUCCAUCAGCUCCACCAACCCCACUGCCUGGCCACACACUCCAGAGGACCAGAAGGCGGCCGAGAAUGUUGAGCACCAUUAAACUGAUUGCUAGAAUGAAUGGUUGUACAGAGAAUUUGUUAGUUCCGUUUGACAUGUUGGAAAAUAAAUUUAUGCCAAACUGAA